GCAUAAUUCUCCUAUGCCUCUCCUAGACAAUUGAAUAUCUCACAAUCCACUCGAACGUGUGUGAUGAUUCUGGAUACGUGCCGUCGGUUUCCAUGGGCCUUCGGAAUCAUGAAAUCUCUUCCUUUAGCUAUAUUAGACAAAGUCGCUUCAGAGGCGUCCUUACUUUUACAAUGGCAAAGAAUGUUUCGUCUGCAAGUCGAUACAAUUAUUGCAAGCAACCGCGGUGGCCAGAAGGUGAGUGGCACAAUUUUCCAGGCCCUCUUGGAUAGGGAAUUGCCUCCAGAAGAGAAAAGCGCGGAUCGUCUUCAGGAUGAAGCACAAACGUUGGUUGGUGCGGGAAGCGAAACAACUGCAAAGUUAUCACUUGUUGUGCUCGAGCCGUCCGACCCAGCAAAGGUCCUUUUGUCUCAACUCGAGCAACUCCCUUACUUAAAUACUGUAAUAAAUGAAGGGCUCCGUCUCAUGCAUGGGGUCACAUCCCGAUUGGCUCGGGAUUGGGAGAUUCCACCAUCUACACUAAUCAGCCAAUGUAAUUAUUUUGUUCAUAUGGAUCCGACUAUUUUUCCCGAUCCAUUCGAAUUCAACCCAGAUCGCUGGAUCGAAGCCAAUAAGAAAGAUAUCCGCCUAGCUCGCUACAUGGUUCCUUUUACCAGGGGUGGUCGCCAGUGCGUAGGUAUAAAUCUCGCGUAUGCAGAAAUAUUCUUCACUCUUUUUGUUGUCAUGCGUCGCUUUGAAUUUGAAAUCUACGAAACCACUGUUGAGGACGUGCGAACUGCUAGGGACUACUUCGUAGGUGUCCCCGAACCGGGCUCGAAAGGAGUCAGGGUUCUUGUAACAAAGGCUAACCGUUGAUUGCACCUUGUUGUUCCUUAUAUGCUCAAUAGACACUUUCAUCUAUUCAUUUUGCAUCAGACUAACAACAACAACAACAAAAACCACUUUUUAAAAUAAACAUGAGUUUCUAAGAGUAGUAUUACAUACUCUAUAUCCACAAAGGGCUGGAUUGGAAUUAAUUGCCUUUUAAGAAGCCAAUGGAAUAAAUAUCAAUCUGGUUGUGCCACGUUGUAUGUAUGUAAUUAUGCGUAAUUAUACCGUUUCAUACAAUGCCGCCGAUGACGCAGGUCCUCACCAAGUACUAAAUAGCACAGCUUUUGCCGC